GUGCGUUGUGGAGAUCAGUGUCGCAGGUUUGUUAAAGCUCUGAGACACACAAGCUGCAGGGAAGGAGAUGAACCACAGGAGCACCGAUCAGGACUGUGAGUCCACACAGAGGCUGCACUACCUCAGUAAAGAGGAGGCUGUUGCCAUGGAGAUGGAGUUGCUGAGGGACUAUCACUUUGGGCUGCAUCAGCUGACAGAGAUUUUAGGCCACGCAUGUGCUGUUGCCAUUACAAAGGCAUUCCCGCUGAGCACUCUGGGUAAGAGACAACCCACCAUACUAGUGGUGUGUGGGCCGGAUCAGAACGGCUGCAUUGGGCUGGCAUGUGCACGCUAUCUGAGAUUAUUCGAAUACAUGCCUACUGUCUUCUACCCAAAACGUUCUUCACAAAAUCCUCACCUGGACUUCACUGUACAGUGUGAAAAAAUGGACAUCCCCUUCCUGUCCUACCUGCCCACAGAGGUGCAGCUUAUAAACGAUGCAUAUAAGCUGGUGGUGGAUGCACUGCUGGGUCCAGAGAGAGAACUAGGAACAGCAAAAGAUCCCUUCACUAGUAUCAUGCUUACUCUCAGAGGGGUCAAAAUCCCCAUUGCCAGCAUUGACAUCCCUUCAGACUGGGAUCCCGAUGAAGCCACCAUCCUAACAGGAUCCCGGAUUAAUCCCAAAGUCCUCAUUUCUCUGAUGGCACCAAAAAGGUGUGCACUCAGUUUCUCGGGGACACAUUUCCUUGCUGGACGCUUACUACCCUACGAUAUUCAAAAGAAAUAUGAGCUCAACCUACCCAAGUUCCCCAGUACAGACUGUAUUACUGAGCUCCAUUAGAACAGAUAUG